AUGCUCUCCACGCCGGGCCCCUCACGCGGGCCAUCAUCCAGCUCAAGACACAGAGACAGAGACCGAGCCCGGGCCCGCGGAGGGACAGAAACAGGCACCCCGCGCCGCGCAGGAACGCCCCCGCUCCCAACGUACGAGCCGCCCAUCGCACAGCUUAACGACGCUGGGCAGCAGGCACUACUAGGCCUUUUGCGAGCGCAGGGGCUGCAGCAACUCAAGACGCAUCUCCAUCACGUUGAGACGAAGCUUACAGACUCUGCGGGCGAGAUUAAUGAGAAGUUGACGGAUGCAAGGGAGAAGGCGCGGAAGAGGAGGGAGAGGGAGAGGGAACGGGAUGCGGGGCGGUCUAUGACAGAGGCUAGAGACGGAGAAGCGGGGGAAGGGAACUUGGAUGAUAGGGGUGCGGCUUCGGAGGAGAGCUCGCGGCUGAAGGGGCUUGAGGAGAGUAUUGAGGCUCUUACGGGGAGGUUGGAUGCUAGUAUGCGGCGGGCAAUCGAUUCGGAGUCUAGGGUUGAUGGGUUAGGGGAGAUCUUGGGCGCGUUGCAGAGUGAAGUUGAUGCGAAUGUAAAUACAGAAAGUCGAAGGCAAAGGCCGCGGCGGCGGACGAGGCGUGGUGCUGAUGAGGAAGAAGAGGGGGGGGAUGAUGAGGAAGGGGGGCUGUAUGAGGCUACGCCUGAGCCAGAGGUGGAUCGGGAGGAGAUUUCUUUGAGACGGAAGCUUGAGGAGAGGCUGAAUCAGAAACAAGCAAAGUGGGAAAAUUUGACAUUGACUGAGCGCUACUCCGAAAACAACGACUAUAAAGGCUUCUACCGCAUCAUCCAUGACUCCAAACACCCCAGCGAUGCCAUCCCUCCUCUCCCACACCCCUCAACCUGGUUCGCCCACCUAGAAGACACCAACGCCUCCGCAAGAUCACCCACCGCCGCGCCUUCACGAAACACCCGGCAACAACGUACUCGCGCUGGUUCUUCCGCAAGUGCUGACUCCGACGACCUCGCCAUUGAACGCGAACGUAUCUCACUUAGAUGCCCACUCACCCUUCUCCCCUUCCGCGAUCCUGUCACCAGCACCAAAUGCCCUCACAGCUUCGAACGCGAGGCAAUAACCUCAAUGAUUAGCCAGAGCGCCAUGACCGCCCCAUCUCAAUCAUCCUCUUCGGGCCGCGGAGGCCGCAGAAUCCGCGCCGUGAAAUGCCCAGUCUGCUCAGAGGUUCUAACGAACAAUGACCUCCGCGAUGACCCUGCCUUAGUACGUCGCGUGCGGCGCGCCGAGACAGCCCUGAGACGGGAACGCGAGGAGGAAGAAGAAGGCGAACUGGGCCUUUCGGAAAGGCGAAGGCUUCGACAGAGUGGGAUUACAGUUGGUAGUGAUGAUGAUAGUGACGGUGGCGAUGAUAGCAAUGGUCGUGGGGAUACAAUGGACGUUGACCAGGUCCGAAUCAAGCAGGAGAGGGCAAUGUCGCGUGGUGUCACUGAGACCGAGAACCGUGGAAGCGAGACGCAAGAUUCAGGUACGGAUGAAGAUGAAGACGAAGCUGAGGACGAAGACGAGUAG